AGAUUCUGGAGGGAGGUGUCCAGAUCGUCCACAACAGGUUCCUGAGCUAUGGUCCCUGGGUGAACUGGGAUGAUAUUGUGAGGGACAGGGAUAGGGCCAAGGCUCCCAUUGACAUCCAGUUGAACGGCGAGAGAGGGCCUUGUCACCCUUCUUGUGGGGAGAACUGCUGGGGGCCUGAUGAAGUGCACUGCCAGAUCUUGACUAAGACAGUAUGCGCCCCUCAGUGUAACGGUCGUUGUUUCGGGACCAGUCCCAGGGACUGCUGUCACAUAGAGUGUGCAGGCGGCUGUAAUGGACCUCAGGAUAUGGACUGCUUUGCGUGCGGCCACUUCAACGACUCCAGGUCCUGUGUGCCCCAGUGUCCCCAGACUCUGAUCUACAACAAGCAGACGUUUCAGAUGGAGYCGAACCCCAACGCCAAGUAUCAGUACGGAUCCAUCUGUGUCUCCCACUGCCCCACCCACUUCGUGGUGGACGGCAGCUCCUGUGUGAGUGGCUGUCCUCCAGACAAGAAGGAGGUGGAGAGGACUGGUCAGAGGCAGUGUGAGCUCUGUGGAGGAUUGUGCCCUAAAGCCUGUGAGGGCACAGGUCCUGAGCACAGACAAACGGUGGACUCCAGUAACAUCGACAGCUUCAUCAACUGCACCAAGAUACAGGGCAGCCUGCACUUCCUGGUCACAGGGAUUCUUGGUGAUGACUAUAAGAAUAUCCCACCUCUGGACCCUAAGAAGCUGGAGGUCUUCCGCUCUGUCCAGGAGAUAACAGAUAUCCUAGCCAUCCAGUCGUGGCCUAAAGAGCUGUCAGAUCUGUCAGUGUUCUCCAAUCUUACCACCAUACAGGGAAGAUCUCUUCACAACGCAAAGAGGCGUUUCUCUCUGAUGGUCAUGCAUGUUCCGUCCAUCACCGCUCUGGGUCUGCGUUCCCUGAGAGAGAUCAGCGACGGCAACGUGUACCUCAGUAAUAACGCCAACCUGUGUUACCACCACACCGUCAACUGGACACGCCUGUUCACCGGGCACGCCACACGCCUCAACGACAUCAAGGACAACAGGCCUCUGAGAGAGUGUGUUGAGGGGGGCCACGUGUGUGACCCGCUGUGUUCAGACUCAGGCUGCUGGGGCCCGGGGCCCGAACAGUGUCUCUCCUGCAGGAACCACAGCCGAGACUCUACCUGUGUGGCACACUGCAACUUCUACACAGGCCCUAGAGAGUUUGCGGGGGCGGGCGGCGGCCUAAGAGGGAGUGUGUCACCAACGCCUGUCAUCCAGAGUGUCAGCCGCAGGAAAGGGAAGGGACACGCUGGGUCUGAUGAGUGUGUGGUGUGUUCCAGUCUGAGAGACGCGUCCUCACUGUGUGCCCUCCUGCCCCAGUGGCGUUGGAAGUGCCGGCUGCCUCUCAUAGUCUGCCUGGCAUUGUUUGUGUUGGGCAUGCUGUACCACCGUGGCCUGGCCAUCCACAGGAAGAGAGCCAUGAGGAGGUACCUGGAAAGUGGAAGAGUUUUGAGCCGCUGGGGCCAGGGAGAGAAGGGAAAGUUUGAGCCGCUGGGCCAGGAGAGAAGGGAGCCAGUUCAAUGCCGGAUCCUGAGGGCCCCAGAGCUGAAAAAGGUCAAAGUCCUGGGCUCUGGAGUGUUUGGCACCGUACACAAAGGCCUGUGGAUCCCUGAGGGAGACUCAGUGAAGAUUCCUGUAGCCAUAAAGACCAUCCAGGACCGCACAGGCAGACAGACCUUCACCGAGAUCACUGAUCACAUGUUGUCCAUGGGCAGUCUGGACCACCCCUACAUCGUCAGGCUCUUAGGUGUCUGCCCAGGUGCCAGUCUCCAGCUGGUCACCCAGCUCAGCAGCCAGGGGUCCUUACUGGAGCACAUCAGGCAACACAAAGACAGCCUGGACCCGCAGAGACUGCUCAACUGGUGUGUGCAGAUAGCUAAGGGCAUGUACUACCUAGAGGAGCACUGUAUGGUGCACAGGAAUCUGGCUGCGAGAAACGUGAUGCUGAAAAGUGAUUARUUCGUCCAGAUUUCUGACUAUGGCGUGGCUGACUUGCUCUAUCCCGAUGACAAGAAAUAUGUCUACAGUGACAGUAACAAGACUCCCAUAAACAUAAAAUGGAUGGCCCUGGAGAGUAUCCUGUUCCGAAGAUACACUCAUCAGAGUGAUGUCUGGAGUUACGGAGUGACAGUGUGGGAGAUGAUGUCAUUUGGGGCAGAGCCCUACGCCUCCAUGCAGCCACAGGACGUGCCCAGCCUCCUGGAGAAGGGAGAGCGUCUGUCCCAGCCCCACAUCUGCACCAUAGACGUGUACAUGGUCAUGGUUAAGUGCUGGAUGAUUGACGAGAAUAUUCGACCAACCUUCAAAGAACUGGCCAAUGACUUUAUUCGCAUGGCAAGAGACCCGCCUCGCUACCUUGUCAUCAAGGACAGAGGAGAGGCGGGGCCAGAAGAAUCCCACCAACGGGGAUCAGCGCUUGCCAAUUUGGAAGCGGGCCUGGAGGACCAGGAUGAAGAGGGAUUGGAGGACGGUUUGGCUACUCCUCCUCUCACCUUGUCCCCAUCCAGGACUCUGUCUCGCUUGAGGAUAAGCUCAUAUAGGAGUUCCAGUGUGACCUCUCAGGCUGGACCAGUAGGGUACCUACCCAUGACCCCCGGCCCUGGAGAUAACCCCUGUCAGCUGUUCUCCCAGCGGUCUCGUCUGAACUCAGCUCGGACGCUGUCGGAGGGGUCAGAGGGCAGUGGCCUGGACAAUGAGCUGGCAGAGGGAGUGUCACUGAGUGGCAGCCUGCGCAGGCAGCAGCUCAGGGCUGGCAGGGACAGUAGUGGCAGUAGUACCCACCACACCUCCACCACCAUGGUGCAUAGGAGCCAAUCUGCAGUCUCAAAGUCACCCUCCUACAGGCCUGAGAAGGAGGAGGAGGAGGAGGAGGACCACUAUGGAUAUGUACUGCCUGGAGUGUCGGGCACUCCUGAGAGAGAUUCUCUCCUGUCUUGCCCAGCCUCCAGAACUUCUCACCCAGGUAGAGCAUCUCUCAGGGGCUCUAGGAGCUAUAAGAAUCCACUGUCACCAUUGGCAACCAUCUCAGACCCCACCGAGGACUAUGAGCUGAUGACCAAACAGCCGUCCCCUCUGCCCCGCUCCCCCAGAGUCACCUCUGUACAGAUAGAAGGGCCUUCAACUGUCCUAUGGUGUAAAACUUCUCCUCUGCCCUCCCCUACCUACAAUACAGCACCCUCACCACUAGAGGGGGACUCUCCAAGCACUGCAGCUGCUCUGAGGGGAAGCCAGAGGCCAGCAGAGGUCACUGACAGUUCUGUGGCUGUAGUUGUAUCAGUAGAGGGAGAGGAGCUGCAGCCGCUAUCUGAGAGGCCUGACAGUGGAGCUGCUUUGUUUGGCAACCGAGGGACCUCUCAGGGUCAGGGGAGGCCAGAGCAGGGGCCAGUAGUGGAGUAUGAAUACAUGGACAUCUGCAGCACCGUGAACACCACAGACACAAAGAGACCCAUCUGGGAGAGGCGUGAGAGCCGAGCAGCUGACUUGAGGACAGUGACAGAAGAACGAGAGAGAGAAGGAGGAAAGAGUCAAGACCUAGAGGAGGAAGAAAGGAAGGAUGAGGAAGCUGGAGAGGAGGAUGAUGUUUACCAGUAUACUAAUAAACAACCCAGACUCCUCCGAGAGAGCAGCCGAGAGGUGGGGCCCAGCCCCAAGCCCAGCCUCCGUUCCAAACCCACUCUUAGCCCCAAGCCCAGCCUCAGCCCCAAGCCUAGCCUCCUCCCCAAGCCCACUCUUAGCCCCAAGCCCAGCCUCAGCCCAAAACCCAGCUUCAGCCCCAGCCCUAACACAAGGCCAGAUGGCUCCACAGCUAUGGUAGAGAGCCAGGUGGAGGAGUAUGAAGAGAUGGAUGCCUUUGGAGGGGACUCCAGGGGCUCCCAGCGAGUAGACCACCAGGAGGCAGAGUACCAGAACCUCCCAGUCCUAGGGAAGGGGAGGGCCACCACAGCUGAGGUGGAGGGGGGUACGAGCACCAGGUGUGCCGGGCUGGGGGUGGAGGGGUACAUCAAAGUGUGCUCCGGUGUGGGAGUGGUAGAGCCGAGCAGUAACACAUCGUUUGACAACCCUGACUACUGGCACAGCAGACUGUUCCUCAAGGCAGAUGCUGUGCGCACAUAAUGAUGUGGACUGAGAAAACAACAACCAUGAUGAUGCAAGCACAGACAAAUAUAUUUGAUAUAAUCAUGUAUCAGGCUCUGGUGCAGCUCAACCGGUAAUGUAGUGUUCUUUUAGCGCUACAUUACUGGUUGAAGUUUUUUUUUGUAAUGUUGUGUAUCUAUUCUCAGUUAGUUUACAUCAUCCAUCCAAACCUCAUGAACCAAAGAAACAUACGCAAAGAAAUGUCCUAUGCAGCGUUGAUGUUAUCUAUCCGUUUAUAGUGACAUCACGGUCUCAGAAAUGUAACCAAGUAGGCAGCUCAACGUCAAAGGAGAGCCUAAACUGUCAAUAAGUCAAAGGCAAAUAGUACAGGGAGAAAUAUAUAGACAUAGCAUACAAAAUGUACAUAGACAGACAUUGCAUGUAUACAUAAAGCAGAAAUAGGCGGCCAACGUACACACACUAAUGCUGGAUCAAAUUCCUGUGUUUGCACUUCAACUUGUUCCACUUCCUGGUGAAGCCAAUGUUUACCUACGUGGAACCUCGAGGUUCCAUGGGUGAGGUCUGCCAUGUAAUGUACAUUUGUAGCUUAUAGUUUGCUAUGUGAAAUGAAGUAUUCUUGAUGAACAUUUAUGAAUGAAUUUCAGUCAUGUAUUGGCUAUGUUAUUGCAAGUGAUUGGAGACGAGCACUGUUUUGUCAAAAAAUGUAUACGUUUUCAUGUAAUAUAAUGUGAAUUGCUGUCAUGAAAAAUUAAUACUGAUACAUAUAAUUGUUUUACAACA